AAUAUUUUAAUAAAUUAUUUAUCAGCUUUAAUUCUUAUGUAACUAGGGUAAUUUAUUCUAAUAUUCUGUGAGUUCUGUCAGCUGCUGACAAUAACCUUUCGUCAUUGCGAGCGAGGAGCGAGUAAUUACGUCUAAUUAGUUGAUAAAAAGUAUAACAGCAACAGUGAACAGCAUGGCGAAGGAAGAGGACGAUGAUUUGCCCGACAAGGAUGCGGCGAAGGAGUUCUACGCAAAAUAUGAACCCAAGGAAAUCAUAGGCAGAGGCAUCAGCUCAACGGUCCGGAGAUGUGUAGAGAAGGAGACAGGCCGGGAGUAUGCGGCCAAGAUCAUCGACCUCAGCCAGGAGUCCAUGGACGGAGUAGAUACGCACACCAUGAGAGAUGCCACCAAACAGGAGAUACAAAUUCUCCGGAUGGUAGCUGGACACCCUUAUAUUAUUGAAUUACAAGAUGUGUUUGAAUCGGAAACAUUCAUAUUCUUAGUAUUUGAACUGUGCAAGAAUGGAGAGUUGUUCGACUAUCUCACUUCGGUGGUGACACUCUCCGAGAAGAAGACUAGAUAUAUCAUGAGACAAGUCCUAGAGGGCGUGCGGUACGUGCACAGUAAGAACAUAGUCCAUCGAGACCUGAAACCCGAAAACAUCUUACUGGACGACCAGCUGAACGUCAAAAUCACAGAUUUCGGCUUCGCUAAAGUUCUUAAAGAGGGGGAAAAGUUGUUCGAGCUGUGCGGCACACCGGGCUACCUGGCGCCGGAGACGCUGAAGGCAAACAUGUUCGAAGACGCGCCCGGAUAUGGCAUGGAGGUUGACAUUUGGGCAUGCGGAGUUAUAAUGUUCACAUUAUUGGUGGGCUGCCCGCCGUUCUGGCAUCGGAAGCAGAUGGUGAUGCUGCGGAACAUCAUGGAGGGGAAGUACUCUUUCACGAGCCCAGAGUGGGCUGAUAUAUCAGAUGACCCUAAGGACCUAAUCAGGAGGCUAUUAGUAGUAGAGCCCAGCCAAAGGCUGCCCAUUGAAGACGCCCUUAGCCAUUCCUUCUUCAACACAGUGCUCUGGGACCAGGACAUGACGCCGCUCAAGAAGUCUCUCUCGAGCACCAGCCGCAGGAUGUCCAGGAUCGAACUCAUCACCAUGGCGAAAAAGCAGGGCAGCUUCAACGCGCGGGCCAAGCUACGUAUGGGUCUGAUGGCGGUCCGCGCGGCCAUUCGGCUGAAACGGCUGCCACACACUGCUGCCCGCGCGGUCUCGUUGCACGCGGCUCUGGGAGACCCUUACACCAUGCGCGCGUUGAGGAAGGUGAUAGACGGCUGUGCCUUCAGGGUCUACGGGCACUGGGUUAAGAAGGGCGAGGGCCAGAACCGAGCGGCGCUGUUCGAGAACAUGCCCAAGACCGAGCUCAAGAGUCUAUACGUCAGCAACCUGAGCCGAUAGCGACAGCUACAGUGCUGACAGG